AUGCAGCCUUAUUCGGGGGCCAGGCUAUCCGCCUCUCAAGGCAAGGGUGAUAUUGACGCGCCUAUAGAUCUGCCGCCAGAGUUGGCUGCGAAGCUAUCGGAUAGCGACUCUCCAGGCACGGACAGGUUUCCCGCUGGCCAGAAGGCGUUGCCCGUGCCUGAGAACAGUUUGUUCAUGAAUAUGUUGAUGCUACACGGCUUCUUAGCUUUACGUGACACCCGCAAGAUGCGAGAGCGGUUUGAGGCGUGGAUGGAGACCAAGAUCAUGGACUUGAAAAAGGUGAUUGGUAGUGUGAGUCUAGUUGAGUAUGAUUUGGGCCAUAGUACGCCCUUCCUGACCAAUUGCCAAGUGACUGAGUCGGUUGUGGCCAACGACUUCAACCGCACCACAGUCUAUUGCGAUCUCAGAUACACCGGCGCACUCUCCUUCACGCUGCAUGUGGGAACAGUUGAAAUGCGGUUUACUGAGAUAAGAGGGGCUGAAAGCUUCUGCUGA